AUGGUUAUGAUUCCUGUAGCCGUUGAUAUCUUUGGGACAACGUGUUUCACUUUUGAAAACCUUAUUAUCACCUCCCUUAAGCAUGUGCCCGACUCAUGUAAUACGUACCCUUGGUGCAAGCAUAUUGAUACGCUCCGGGGUUUCGCCCUGGUCGAAGUUCUUCGGCUUGCUGCACACACGGCUUGUUUAUCCGACUUCCUAUCCACUUUGGCCCGACUUGAUGAAUACAUUGUGAAAUUACUGCGUUCACCGCAUUCCUGUGACAAUGAAUUUGCCACUGAAAUUCAGUUGCGUCUCUUUUUCUAUCUUUCUAUAUAUUUUCAGAGGCUCGCUAAAAAGAAAAAGGUCGAUGCGAAUAUACACUUUCUCAUUGAGUCAUGUCUUCAACGCGCAGCUGCUCUCAAGACAAAUGCUCCUUCUAGUGAUUCAAUCCUCUCAAAAUCAGUAUGGAAGCACUUAUACGGUGACGGACUAUCACUAAGGCUGCAGUCAGCACUGCUGGCUAAAAAGUCUAGCCACAGUCAGGCUCGUUGGAAUGUGACCUUGCUUGAGGCCCUGAGCCAAGACAGCCUAUCCAAGAACGAACAGCAUAAAUUUGAAUUUCUUUUUGGGUUAGAGGAGCGUGUUAAGGGUGGAGCUGCUUGUUUAUACAACGCAGAGGAGCUUUACUUAAAACUGCUGGAAUACAGACCGGGUGAUCUAAGUACUAUUCUCUGGUACGUUCUGCGUCCGGUAAAGGCAGACACCACAUCAGACACUGAUUUGGCUCUUCCGGCAGCUCGUCUCAAAAUUAUCGUUGAUUCGGUUAGGGAAGUUUUUUCAAGUACACCCCCGUCUGCAGAGAACUGUAAAGUCUGCCAGCUCGAUGCAGUAGUGUUUUUAGUGGCUUUAUCCAUUUCUUAUUUGAUUCGACAUACAUCCUCGGAGACCUCAAGGGGUCAUGCUCAAGCGACAUCAUUGUCUUGGCCACCCCAACCACUCUGCCUCUUAAACACUCGUUUGCUACCAAGUUCUAUGCAGCGUCGAUGUUGGAAUGGCUUGUGUGCAUGUGCGAAAAAUAAGUCAGCUGAUGACGAAUCCCCUCUGAAGCACUUUAUUGAUCAGCUACGUUUCGUAAGGCCAACACAGACUAUGCCAGCUCGUUUAAUUCUUCGUGUGGCUCAGGCCAUCACCCGCUUACCUUUGGAGGCCUCUGCUACUGAUUUUGCCUUGGCAAGAGCGGCUCGGGCAUGGGAAGCUGGUCUCAGCGCCUUGAUGCAGAAUUCUGAAUUCGCUCGGUUUGGUUCUCCUGCCCCAAGCGUACGAGAAAGGUACUCCGAUGAGGGUAUCCUUUUUCCAGCAGAACUAAACUGCGAUUGGUGGCACGGCACUCAUGUGGAUAAUCUCACUACUAUGACUUCAAAGGAUCAGGCGUGGUUCUUCCUCGGUUGGCGUUGGCUUGCCUCAUACUGGCUGGAACACCCACCGCCCAAGUUGGAGACAUUGAUAAGCCAUCUGCAAUAUCUGAGAGAUCAUGGUCUUCCUACUGACGUGGAGUGCAUACUUCUGGCCGCGAAACUGGUCGAAAAUGCGGUGAGAUUGAGCAAAACCUCGCCUCUUAUAAAACCUUUGGGGAAUCUUGCACUGAGUCUUCUGAACACUACGCUUAGAGCCGUACAAAGAACCCCAUUUACUGACGAAUCCACGGCCAGGCCGACAAGGAAUCUUUCUGAUGCUAUCACGUCAUUACAGAAGGCUUUGGAAUUGCCGAACGCUUCUGGUGAGCAGCUCUUCUCGUCCGCUCGCUGUGCUUCCGGCCUCGUUUCCCUUUUUUCUCAAUCGAGUGAAGUCCAGUCAACUGAUCCAGCGCAAACGCAAAUCAUGUCAUCUGGUUAUGGAGCCUAUGCUAAUGGAGGUCGAACUUCGAUAUUCGGUCCUUAUCGGUCGCCCGGGGUUACUAGUUCUCCUGCUGCCAUGAGUGCUACUGCAGCUCCCAACUCUUUAGCUUCCGACUUGCAGACGAAAUUAAUGACGCAAGUGGUGGAACAGUGGAUGCCCUCAUUUAUGGAGUUCUCACGCGUAAUGUCGGAGACGUCCGCAGAGUUGGCGAAGAGUCGUUUGCAAAACAAGGAGUUGUCACGUUUGUUAAAGGAAACGCGGAAUCAACUAGACACAGUUAUCGCAGAACAGCAAAAGCAACAGCAGCGCAAUUCAACUCCCGUCCGGCAGCCUUCUCCACCUGCUCAGCCCGUGCCCUCUUUGGAGGAUUGGCGGGCGUUGCAGGAGUCUCUACGCGAGGUGGCCUCUGUCCUGCGCGACUUUUGCCAUUGGCUGCCCCUUGCUAUGCCUUCUUUUGCUCCGCCUCCUCCUCCCUUCCCUCAUCCGGCGCAUAUACCACCACCACCACCACCAGCCCAACCAUCCGCCAUGCUUCGACCCGGUGACAUUUUCACGUUGGAGAACCAACAGAAGGCCCAGUUAGCGCUUUCUCAACUUGCCGCCUUUCAGCAGCAGCAGCAACAACAGCAGAUGCCACGAACAACGGGGGGAUCGUGCUUUUUACUUCCACCUCCUUCUUAUCCUCCGCCCACAGUGCCGCCUCCAGCGGUACCUGUGGACUUCCGCGUUCCGUCCGUAGCAACCUGUCUCUUCCCUGCUGGUAUAAGCACGUCUGCUACCUUUACUUCAACGUCAGCCUCUUCUGUUGACUCACCAAAAGUAGAUUCGUCAGCAACCAUUACAACCGCACCGGUACAACCUGUGAAACCACCACCAACUUUGCCUGCCGCUUCUGCUGGUGCCACAGCUACGGGGCUACCGAAAAUUACACCGUCCCCUGAUUCAAAGCAGGACACUCCACCGGCGGAAGCCGCGUCAUCACCUGCACCAAAACCGUUCCCAUUUGCGUUUAAACCUGCCGCAACCACUGCCACUGAUGGCUUCAAAACGGAGACUUCGUCACUGUUCAGUUUCAGCAAGUUUGGAAGUCCAGACACUGCUGGCACGUCGGCUCUCUUUGGCACUCUCCCCUUUGGUCACAAACCUUCUGUCACUUCGCCAUCCCCCGGUAGUCCCGAUGUCUCGAAGAAGGCAGAGGAGGCGGAGACAGAGGUAGAAGAUGACGAGGAUAAGCCGGAGGCAUUUGAGCCCAAGGUGGAAUUUACACCCUGUGUAGAGAGGUUACCGGAAUUGGUGCAACCGAUCACUGGAGAGGAGGGUGAGCGUGUGCUCUUUUGCCACCGUGCUCGUCUCUUCCGUUGGGAUAAGUCGGAUUCGUCCUCUAAUGGGGAAUGGAAAGCUCGGGGCAUUGGUGAGCUCAAGGUUCUGGCUGAUGAUGCAGCCGUCAAGUUUCGCAUUGUGAUGCGACGGGAGCAGAUAAUGAAGUUAUGCGCCAACCACUACAUCCUUCCUGGAAUCAACAUAAAGCGUCAUUCACAAAGAGCUGAGGCAUGCAUGUGGAAAGCGCGAGACUUUGCAGUCAUGGAUAUUGACAAGCCCAUCCCCAAUGGUGCAGAUGAGCUCUUCAUGGCUCAUUUCAAGACUGAGGAGAUCACCGAUGAAUUUGAGAAGAUUGUGAAAUCCUGUCUCGAAAAGGCCUCUACAGUGGCACCUAAAAAUGUAACUGAAAAGGAUCCCAAUGAGAAGGAGAAACCUAAGCCGGCCCUCAUUACCAGCUGUUUGGAGAAACUCAGGCCAAAGGCGGGCUCUUGGGCUUGUGCCACGUGUGCUCUUAGUGUUGCUCAAGAGCCCGAAAAGUGUCCUGCCUGUCAGGCACCCAAACCCGGCGCAAAACCCACUCAACACACUUCUACAUCGGCACUACCCACCUUCAAAUUCUUUUCAACACCCGCUUCGACGUCGCCGCCAGCUGUAUCGACGAGUUUCGUUUUCGGUGGUGGUGGCGGUGCUUCUAGCAAUCAGCUUAUUCCUACCCCUCUCCCAAAAUUCAUUUUCGGUAACGCGCCUGCUCCAACAGCCGAGACGGACAAGUUGUUCUCUUUUUCCACCCUCAACACCUCAGAGAACAAAACUGUGGGGUCCGCUAGCGGCGCGUUUGCAAAUCUCGAUUUGGCUAAGAAUUUAGAAAAGCCUAGCACUGUUUUCACCUUCAAAAUGAAGCCUCCAACACCGGUGAAGAGUAAGAAUAUUGAUGAAGCCAAAAAGGCAGAAGAAGGGAAGGAUAUAACUACAUAUUUUGAUAACAACGAAGAGGAUGACGUCACUCCUAGUGACCUCUCCCAGAUCAGCUUUAAACCUGUGGUGGAACAUUUACCGGAUAAGGUUGAGGUGCACACUGGGGAGGAGGACGAAGAGGUGAUCUUCGAGGCCCGUGCAAAGCUUUUCCGUUUCGACACUACCGUCUGGAAGGAACGGGGUCUGGGACAACUUAAGUUGCUUCGGUCCCCAGCCUCCGGGCGAGUACGCAUUGUGAUGCGAAGGGAUCAGGUACACAAGGUGUGCUGUAACCACUCCAUUACCUCUGGCAUGACCCUGAAACCAAUGGAAGGCAGCAAGGCGCUCGUGGUCCCUUGGGUUUGGUGGGCUGUCGACUUCUCCGAUGACGAGGUUGGGCCUGAGGGCAGGAAGGAGAUGUUCUCGGUGCGAUUUAAGACGUUAGAAGAAUCACAGGCCUUUCAUGAUGCCUUUGUGAAAGCUGCUGCUGCAGCCUCGGGUGCUGAAGCUCCCGCCGAUCUAGAGGUUGAAGGAGAUGAAUUAGUGAUUGUGGAGAAUCCGCUAUCAAUUGAGCAAGUGGCGCGCGCGCGGGCCCUACAACUACCAGACGAUUUCUACGCCUACGAGCUGAAGAAGCCGGGAAGCAGUAGCCGCCAUUCGCAGCGGGAAGAUUUGACACCUGCUGAGGAGGCUGAAGAGGAUGCACUGUUGGAAGCCGCUAUCAAUCGGGGCACCUCAUCCACCUCAUCCUCCCUUGUGGUCGUCAAAAGUACCGAGUCACUCGUCAUUACUACUCCGCCCACCUCUCCUCCUCCUACCUUCAGUGCUACUACCAGCGCUUUGCAGUCGCUUCGCGGGAAACCAGGCUCGUGGACGUGUGAAUCUUGCUCCUUGUUGGUGGAUCCCGAGAAGACUGUCUGUCCUGCCUGUCAAGCUGCCAAACCCGGAACUAGUGGGGUUUCUGAGAAGACUACGCCUGUUGCAACUGGCAAACCGUUUAAAAGUGAUGGAUUUAAGGGCUUUUCUGGUACCUUGUUCGGCAGCGGUGGUAGAUGUGGAGGUUUUGAAGCUCUCAGCAAGGAUGCCUCGGCGAAACCCUCGUGGUUGACUGCCCCUGGGUCUUCUUCAUCACCUUCACCCUGGGCUGGUGCAGGAUCCACUCUUUUCUCUGCAAAAGGCGAUGACAAAGACGAUAAUGACGACGACAACGAAAGUGACCCCGAUCCUCAAUUCGAACCCAUUAUUCCCUUACCGAAUCUUGUGGAGACAAAGACAGGCGAAGAGGAGGAGGUGUGCUUGUUUCUAAGGCGAUGUAAGCUCUACCGACGCCUUGACAACCAGUGGAAAGAGCGUGGAAUCGGGGAUAUGAAGGUUCUCGUCCAUCCGAAAAACCUGCCUCCCGCCCAUUUUCUCGAUCCGCGUACCGAACUGCCCACUGACAAGGACCUCAAAGGUGGCAUCAACCACGCCCGUCUUCUGAUGCGUCGUGACCAUGUUCUAAAGAUCUGCACCAAUCAGACCAUUUCUCUGGACAUGCCCCAGUUCAAACCGCUCAUUGUUGCCAACUAUGGCGUUUGUUGGGUGGCCAAGGACUACUCUGAGAAUCCCGACGGCGAAGUCAUGACUUUAGGACUGAGGUUCAAGACUGAACAGGAUCUUACCCAUUUUCGCGCAAGUAUCGAACGUGCUCGGGAAAUGUUUAAGCGAACCAAUGCAACGUCGUAG